AAGACACAUAAUAGCCCGGUAGCAUUUAAAUCGAACUUAAUGGCAACAACAGUCCGUCACGGUUAUCUCGUAAGCCCAAUUCAUUCAUGAAGUAAUUACCCAUUAAUUUUAAAUGUCCACAAAUGCCCCCUCGGGACUUACUUGAGCUGAAGUGAUUUUAUUGGCACGAACAAGUGAGUCCCGAAAUAAGUGAAACUAAAUCACUUACUUUUUUUUAAUCAAAUCGGUCUAAAACAAAACUGUGGAGGACGAGUAAUGUUCUAGACAAUUUAAUAUUCAAUCAAUGUCCAUUCUCAUAAAGAUUUGAGGAAGAAUAGUAGAAUACGUCCGUAGAUAAUAAUAGUUCAAUACUAUUGCACUUCUUCUCAAAUUGAAACAUGCAGCCUAAUCAACUUGCGGUGGUCAAUUUAGAGUUUUUAGUUGAACUCUUAUCACCGCCUCGAACACAAGUAUAAUCCCAAUUGAAUUUAUUCUAUACGAGUAUUACUCAAACCGUUCAGCGACUUGUUUCCCAAAUAAGAUUAAACUCCUGCUAGGAUUUGGAUCCUUGAGCCUGCGGCCAGCUCUCAAUUGCCAAAUUCAAUUGUAACUCGAAUUCUUCCAGAAACUUGUAUAAAUAUCACCCUAACCCAUCCUCUUUUUAUACGCAUAUCAAUUACUCCGUAUUAGAAGCUCGUUAGUGCAGCAAAGAAGAAUAGGUAAAUUUCUAUUUAAACCAAUCUUCUUUUCUUUGUAUUCUUUUAUGCUGUUGCAGGUGAAAUUCGUUGGGAGCAGAACUCGAGAUGUUGCUGGCCGGAAAACGAAGCUGGUUGCAGCUCACCACUCUUAUUGAUUUCCUGUUGAGAUCGACUUCUAAGGAUGCUCUGUGGCAAUCCUCUUCUGGUGGUGAGCAACGGACCAAGGCUUCAUUGAAGGCUAUUGCUAAUUUACCUUCCUACCUGUAUGUUCGUUGAAGGAGAAAGCAUAGCCAGGCUUCGAAACUGAUUUCCGGUCAAAAGAGGGAUCUACUCUGUUCAUUGGGAGAUAGGAGGUUGCUGCCGGAGAAGAAGGUCUGGCCGAGGCUGAGGGUUGCCGCCGAUUGCUCUGGUGCCUCCGAAGGUUGAUGGUCAGAGAGAUGAAGCUGGUUGCUGCUCUAUUCGCCGGUGGGUACUGUUGAACUUGAGAUCGUUUUCUGCUGGCCAGAUUUUUGUUUACCGGCAGACUGAAGUUGAUUCAAAGAGGGAGUCCAUGCUAGCUUUUAUUCUCAUUCGAAGAAGAUGACCAGGGAGAUUAUUGCCAGAACCAUGUGACUUUGCUGAUUGUCAUAUCGGUCGUCUAUGUCGCUUGGGGCUUUGUUCAUUGCACAAGAACAUCGAAAAUUGACGUGCUUAUUCUGCCAUAAUCCAAAAAGGUGUUGCUUGUUGGAGAAAGAAAGACGGCGUCUCUGUUUUGCUGCCAGAGGAUGAAACGAGCCAUAGUUUUCUAACAGGAUAGAUGCUUUCUGAAGGUUUGGAACGGCCGCCGUCCUGUUUUUGUUGUUACGCUCGGUUCCAGAUUGAUUUCAGGAAGGAGCUCUGCAGCCACAUUCUUUCAGAGCUAUAGCCGUCUGCUCUUGUUCUUGCCGCUGAUGCAGAUCAGAGCUUGAAAGCUAGUUGGUGUUGAAGAAGAUGCCGAUGCCUCUUGCCGGACUGCUUGUGUUGGAAGCUAGUUGGUGACGGAAGCUAGUUGGUGUUGAAAAAAAUGCCGAUGCCUCUUGCCGGAUUGCUUGUGUUGGAAGCUAGUUGGUGACGGAAGCUAGUUGGUGUCGUUAUUGAUGGAACCUGCCGUUGUACCCGGGGGCUAGUUGGUGUUUGGCAGAUUGCUGGUGUCGUCUUUGAGGGAACUUGCCGCUGCAUAGGAGAGCUAGUUGGUGUUUGGCAGAUUGCUGGUGUCGUCUUUGAGGGAAUUUGCCGCUGCAUAGGAGAGCUAGUUGGUGUUUGGCAAAUUGCUGGUGUCGUCUUUGAGGGAACUUGCCGCUGCAUAGGAGAGCUAGUUGGUGUGUGACAGAUUGCUGGUGUCGGAUGCCGCGGAAGCUAGUCGGUGUUGACGCUGAUAGAACCUGCCGAUGUACAAGAAGAGCUAGUUGGUGUUUGGCAGAUUGUUGGGGUCGGAUGCCGCAGAAGCUAGUUGGUGUUGACGCCAAGAAUUUGGAUCCAGAUGCUGAUUUUUGUUGCUGCCGCCGAGAUGAUGGCGCAUGUGCUGUUGCCGUCGGAAAUCGAUGCCGGAGCUUGGUGUAUGACUUAUGCAGUUCGUCGGAGAGCUAUCGUCGCUGCUGAUUCGUUACUUGGACUUGAAGUUGGUUGCUAGUCGGAGAAGAAGCCGUCAUCAAUAUUGUCAAAGGCCGAAGUCGAGACGGGGAAGACGAUUGGCCGAAUUAGACAUUGAUUUUUGUUCAAUAAAAAAACCUUUCUUUGAUGUUGUUGCUAGUCUUCUUUCGAAGUUUAAUUUACCGGGUUGCGGGUUCCUUACAAAAAGAAGCUGUGUGUUAAGUUAUUGGCAGCAGCAAUACUUUUUGGACCUUAUCAUAAAUCUCGAACGUUUGCGGGUUCCUUACAAAAAGAAGCUGUGUGUUAAGUUAUUGGCAGCAGCAAUACUUUUUGGACCUUAUCAUAAAUCUCGAACGUUCCCAUUCCUGGCCUCAUUAAUUGAGAUUGUUUUAAGAUAUUUAAGCUCUUCCAAAUUCUCGGCACUAACGAAUAAUUCAUGUCUCCUUUUUGACAAUUUUAUCAUUAUAAUUAUUAUCAUUAUAUAUGAUGAUAAUAAUAAUAAUGAUAAUAAUGACCUUUUUUUGCUUGUUGUAGUGCAAAAUGGUGUAUCUUAAAGAUGUCAGGCAUGGCACCAAAAAAUAUCUCUCCAUAUCAACGAACAAGAAGAAUGAUGAUGAGAUCUUUUAAGCCCUUUGCUCGUGGUUUCUGGCUGGAGAAGGAAUCUGCUUUGCCACUGGGAUCUCUCGCUGUUCGUCGGAGAGAGAAGAUUCCCG